CAAUGAAAGCCGUCGAAUUUGACGGGAAGCCUUUCUCCAUGAAAGUCAAAACCCUGCCCAUCCCCAAGAUCACCCAGCCUACCGAUGCUGUAAUCCGAGUAACAUCUUCCGGAAUCUGCGGCACUGAUCUCCAUACCUUCCACGGCCGCUUCCCCGUCAAGCCCCCGAUGACAAUGGGCCACGAAAUCGUCGGCGUCGUACACGCAAUUGGUUCCAAAGUCCACGACCUCAAAAUCGGCGACCGCGUAAUCGUCUCCGCUGUAGUCUUCGAAGACGGCCUCGAAGGCGUUGAUCCCGUGAUCGGCGGCCUGGGGGUCGGGACCCUCCCUGGACUGCAACAGUUCAACGGCGGUCAAGCCAAUUUCGUCAGGGUACCGUUCGCAAGUGAAAAUUUGCUGCUGCUGCCGACGGGGAAGCAGCAUGAGUUGGAUUAUGUUCUGUUGGCGGACAUCUUCCCGACAGCGAAUUGGGCGUUGGACUGUUCUGGCUUCGUGUUCGGGGAUGUAGUAGUUGUUUUUGGUGCUGGUCCUGUUGGGUUACUCUGUGCUUAUUCUGCUUUCCUUCGUGGGGCUAGCAAGGUCUAUAGCGUUGAUCGUGUGCCGCAACGCCUUGCCAAAGCAAAGAACAUCGGCGCCAUACCCAUCGAUUUUAGUAAAGGAGAUCCCGUUGCCCAGAUUAUGAAGUACGAGCCCGAAGGUGUUGACCGUGCCUGUGAUUGCAUCGGCUACGAAUGUGUAAAUGCGGAGGGCGUCAACGAGGGUAACCUUGUACUCACACAAGCUAUUAAUGUCGUAAGAGCUGGGGGUGGAAUUGGGGUGAUUGGUGUUUAUAUUCCCGAGGAUGCUGGUAUCGUCCAGCUGCGCCAGUAUCAACCUGCACUCAAGCGACUUAUCGAGAGCGGAAGGGCAAAGCCUAGCUUCAUUUUUGAUAGAGAAUUGCGGAUUGAGGACGCAGCGGAAGCGUACAAAGAGUUCUCGGAUCACGAUUUCAUUAAGAGUGUGAUUCGUCUUGAUGGUGGUGAGAAUGGCAGCCUAAUCGACAACGAAAAGGUUGAAGAGAAGUCAUCAGCGCAGAAGAAGAGAACGAGGAACGGUGCACAUGCUUAGAAUGAUUUGCGAGUAUCUGAAAACAGAAAACAAAGAGCAGCUUGGCUGAUU